AUGUCACUGAAUCUCUUAAGCAUUUAUUGUCUUGGCAUUCAAGAUGGCUGUGUACAAGCAGAGGUUAUUGGAUAUCGCGAUAUCACCAACAUUGCUGAACUUCGGGGCGGUUUGAUCUUUGAACAGCGCCACAGCUUUCAAAGCACACCCUCUAGCACCAAAUCCUCUUUGAACCAAUCAUUCGCAUGGCCUUCCACUCGGCCUCGUCCGAGUACCAGCGAAACUUUGUCAUAG